ACAUUGUCCUCGCGGAUGGUGGAGGAUGGUUCCUCGGUACCGCCGGCGACGACCCCUGCACUUCGAUCGAAACAAGUGUUUGUGACUCUGUGUACAAGAUGGUGGUACCUACCAGAACAGUCGGUUAAUCAUUGCGCGAAAUAGUAAGCUGGCGUUUUUGUUCGCUAAAGUGCGGAAUAAACAGCGAAAGAGUGUACGUAGUGAAUCGAAUAAUUGCAAGUCAGGAUCUUGACGAGAAUGUAAUCAGUCUAAAGCCCAGUCCGAUUAUCGGAGCUCUGGGUAUAUGUGCAGGCAAGAAAUUGCCGCGAGGAAGAGGUCAGUUGUUUCGAGCGGUGCCUAGUGCGCGGAUCAGUCGGCUCAAGUCCUCGGAACGGUUCAGUACUCCUCAUACUCUUUGUUACGAGGAACCCGAAUAUCGACAAUGGAGCAAAGAGAACGUUACGAGGAAUUAUGCAGACUUUGUGCCUCCUACGAUGCCGUCAAGAUGGAUCUUUUCGGCCAGGAAGGCAAAAAUCGUCAGUUAAUUGACAAAAUACAAGCCUGCCUGCCGUUUAAGAUAGCAGAGAAUGAUCGCCUACCAAAGUGUCUUUGCUAUCGUUGCAUGUACAAUUUAGAAAAUUUUUACGACUUCAGGACAGCCUGCGUGAAUGCAGUUGCUCUUUUAGAAAGGUGUCUACCUCAAGAUAAAGAUAGAAAUGAAGAAAACAGAAGAAAUCCACCAGAACAUUAUUCAGAACUGCGAACUGAACUUCUUAAGGAAAAACAACAUAUGCCAAUACUCAUUCCAGAAGCCCCCGUAGUUAAUCCAAAUGCAGCUUUAGGAACACCACCGAGACUUAAUUCCGAUGGCGAAGCAGAUAAUGACGAUGAAGAAAUUUUGGAGCAGAGCGGUACCGAAGAAGGAAUGGAUGAUGCAGAAGACAGAAAAUCAGAGGAAUACGAAAUGGAUAUGGAAAUGAAUCCCAGUGAUUUUUUGGAAAUGACACCAAUGGUUACAGAGGAUGUGGAAGAAAAUAUAAGAGGUGGAGUUGUUUCCACACGAACGCAAAAUUCAAGACCAUCACAUCAUAAAUCUGAGCAACACGAAGUUUAUGUUUGUUCACUUUGUAACAAGGCAUUCAGCUCGAAAGGUCAUUUGUCACUUCACGCUAGAAUACACGUUGGCGCAGGUGAUGUAAUCGGUGAAAAAGUUAUCACCGACGAUCACACUUCUUACAAAAGGCCCUAUCAAUGUGACUUGUGUUAUAAGGCUUAUUCAACUGCAAAACAUCGAUGGGGUCACGUUUCAACAACGCACAGAGGACAUCCUGCGGUAACAUGUAGUUACUGUUCGCGCAUUUAUUCAACGAGAGGAAAUCUAGAAGAGCACAUUAGGUCUAGACACGCUGGUUUGCCACUUCCGCCGGAACUGCCAGUUUCCUACGUUCAGCCGGAAAAUAAAUAUCAAUGUAAAACAUGUCCCAAGAUGUAUACGAAUACUACGGACCUUAAUAAACACAGUCGAAUGUGUGCAGGUGUUCAGCAAAAAGAAUUGCCAAAUAAUUUAAUAAUAGAAAAGUUGAAGAGAAGUCACAUUGACACGUCAGACAUGUCGAGUAAUGAGUCAACUGACGAGUCGAAGGAAUAUAAAAAUGCCGAGGCGAAACUUGCGAAAAAUCCACAACUCACAAUUCUCAAACAGGCACUUACCAAAGGAGACAACUUAAAGAGAAGUUAUGACGAGAAAUACAAGAUUAAUUCAAAAUCGAAGAAACAAACAGGAACCGAGAAUAGUGAGACUGAUGUACAGAAACGAUGGUUCUGCGAAUCUUGUUCUCAGAAUUUCAACUCUUUGGAGAGUUUCAAAGAACACGAACUCACGCAUGAAAUGGAGAAACCCUAUUUUUGUUUACUUUGCGAGAAAGAUUUUGCGCAGAAAUCGAUUUUGGGUAAUCACAUUGUUACGAUUCAUGGCGUUGAUCCGAAUCCGAUUCUCGAGAGUGAUAGAUGUUUAAAGAAGUCUCAAGGCUGGAAUAAAAAACAGGAUUCAAACGGUAAGAAUUUGACGAUUAAAAGAGAGGAAUCACCGAUUACAUAUCCAGAAGCAGUUUUGGAGAAUGAUGACGAUCAGCAACAGACGGAAACUAAAAUGAUUGAGAUUGAAACAGUUUUUGUUUGUGAAAUCUGUACCCGAGAUUUCAAUGACAGAGCUUCAUUGUGGCUUCAUAUACGCGCAACUCACAAAGAAUUUGCCGCUUUCGCUUGUGGUGUUUGUUUAAAAAUCUGUUCUGACAAUGCCCAAUUACUGAAUCAUGUCAACAUGUAUCAUGGUGGUUCGAAACUUCUCAUGUCCGAGCAAAGGCGCUACAGUUGUACAAUUUGUGGACGACAACACGAUUCUCGCAAGAAGUUAAUUACCCACGUGUCAAUUCACAACGUUGAUCCCAGCUACGACCCUGCAAGUUUCGUUCAACUAAACAGCAAUUACUAUAAUGAGAAUGUAAAUAGCAACGAAGGCAACGAGCAGAUUGAUGGAGAGGUCGAGGAUGGCGAGAAGGUCGACUGUUACAUUUGCUACAAAUCGUUUCCCAACGAAGAUCAUCUUAUAAGACAUCAACGAAACGCUCACAAAUCCGAUCCAGCCGUAGCAAUUGGAGAAUCUGCGUCAAAUGGCAAUGCUCCCGGACCCAAUGGAAAUGGAAACAGAGCACAAUAUCAUUUGUUCUUCAUUUGUGAACUCUGCGGAAGUUCAUAUCCGAGUAAAUGGGAACGUUGGCUUCACGUUUCGAGUGUUCAUGGAAAUGAAUCUUCGAUAAAAUGCGAAAGAGAAGAUUGUGCGAAAAUAUUUGCCACUAAAUCGUUGCGUAAUGAACACGUUCAACAUCACAUGAUUCAAGGCAGUUCGCCCAACACUUGUGAGAUUUGCGGAAAAUUGUGGGGCAGUCGAGUCGAUUACUGGAAGCACGUGAUGGGCGUUCAUUCGGACACUGUGCCUCUAAUUUGUGGAGUUUGCCUCAAAGUAUUUCCCAACGUUCUGCAAUUAAGUUCCCAUGUUAAGGCAAAUCACUGGCCGUUGACUAAUGGCGAUUUCAGUUGCGACAUUUGUGGAAGACCUUAUUCGAAUAAGUCAAAAAUGUCGAGACACAGAAAGAUUCAUGGUCUCGAUGGCGAUGGUCAUGCUAAUCCGGAUCCUAGCGAGUAUAUGAAUGACACGGGACGUUUCGAUAAUGGAGGAACAACUGAGGUCGAUUUCAGUUGUGAAAUGUGUGGAGAUUUAAAGUUUGUGACACUGGAGGAUCUCUGUAAUCAUAGAAGAAUAACGCAUAGUCUGUUCCCUUGUGAUUUGUGCAACAAAUGUUAUGGAAGAACGUCACAUUUGUGGAAGCAUGUAAAUCGUGUUCAUAAAGGUCACGAGGACGUGACUUGUCGAUUUUGUCUGAAAACCAGCGCCUCAAGGGAGCAUUUAGCAGCACAUAUUGCGAAAAUCCACAGAUACGAACCUGAGGUGAAGAACAAUGUGAGAGAACCAACAAAUCAUAAGGUCACUGCACCAGAGGACGAAAUUCUCCAUCACUGCGAGAAAUGUAAUAAAGGUUUCCAUAAAAGGUAUUUAUUGCGACGCCACAUGAAAGGUUGUCAGAAUUAUAGGAAAGAUCCCGGAGCACUUUUGACCCGAUGUCGUGCUUGCGAGAGAAUAUUCAAGGAUCGAGCGAGUCUUCAAAAGCACAUUGAGAAUCAUCACAGUAGUUACACUUGUCAUUUGUGUAAUGAAACAAUCACUUCGAAAUUGGCAAUUAUGACUCACAAUCGAGUUCAUCACAUGGAUCAUCCGGAUCUUACAUGCGAUCAUAGUAAUUGUAAGAAACUUUUCCGAACGAAAGAGGAUCUUGAAUCUCAUAAAAAAGAUCAUAAAUAUCACAGUUCACCGAAUGUUUGCGAUUUCUGCGGCGACACGGUGGAAAAUAAGCUGAAAUUAAAAAUGCACGUGUUGUCAUUGCAUCGAAAUGAAAUUGGCGUCUCUUGUGGAGUUUGUUUAAUUCCGAUGAAAGAUCCAAAGGAUUUGAAGAAACACGUCGAGGACUCUCAUAAGGAAAUUCUAUUAAAACCAAAUACUUGUCAGGUUUGCGGUAAACAAUAUGCGUCAAAGUGGAAGGCUUUCGAUCAUACAAAGAAAUGUCAUGGAAAAGUUUUCAAGACUUGUAAACAAUGUUUGGCUGUGUUCAUAACUGAAGAAGAUAUGAAGAAUCAUUAUGAGCACAUUCAUAAUGUUCCUAAGGAUCAAUUAGCCACUUACGAGUAUCGCUUGGAAAUUGGACGCAAACGUCACUACGAUUCGUUGGAAAUUGUCAUGAAAGAAGAACCAGAGGAACUUGAGUUCUACGAAGAACCUGCUGAAGAUUAUUCAAUGGAUUAUAAGAGAAGAAUAUCUGAAUCGGAUUACGAUUAUGAUGCUCGAGGUUAUUAUCAAAGGGAGCCGAAUGAUUUGGACGAGAUGCAUUUGGCAAAGAAGAUGAAAUUGGAUCCAAGCGGUAAGAAGAUGAAGGAUCGUGAAAAUUAUGAAUGUAGACCCUGUAAAGUUCAAUUUGAAACAAAGGAACAAUUUUACGAUCAUAUUGUCGUUUGUCGUAAUCUUACGAUUGAACAGAAAAUGAACGAUCAAGAAAGCUAUGUAUGUAAGUCUUGCAAUUCGCAAUUUGAUUCAAAAGAAUUAUAUCAUGAACAUCUUUUCGUUUGCCGCUGUCUACCGGAAGUUCCCAGUUUUUCGACGUCAAUUCUCGAGGCGCAUUUGAAGAAUAAUAAUCAAAUCAAGAGAGAGGAUGAAAAUAAUGAACUUGAUGAGAAUAAUUUAAAUACUCCAGAUUUCAAUCUUUUUGAAGAUAUAAAUAUGCAACUGUCGGGCCAGAGACCAGUUCAGAAUUUAUCACUAAAGUCUUCCUCGAGUAGCAAUAAAUGUUCGAGAAAAGAUUCAAGAAAGGUUUACGAUGAAUCGACGAAUACUGAGUGUACUUGCGAGGUUUGUGGAAAACAAUGGCCUGCGAAGAAACACUUGUGGCAACAUUUGAUUCGUUUUCAUCGAACGGAAGCUGCAGUCACCUGUGGAGUUUGUCUAAAGUUGUGUAAGACGUAUGAAGAUUUGGCUGAUCAUUUAAAAGCCGCCCAUCAAGCUCUCCUAUCCUGCGAAGGUAAUAAUUUCACUUGUAAAAUUUGCGGAAGAUAUCACAACGCAAGGAGCAAAUUAUUACUGCACAUGAGCAUUCAUAUCAAUUGCAAGAAUAAUCCAAUGUGCAACAAGUGUAAACGUAGUUUCGAAACUGACGAGAAAUUGAAGGAGCACACUGGAAAUUGUGAAGGUAGACAAUCGGGUCUAGGUGUUCGGCAUGACGCGGCAAAUAAAGAUGAGAAAGUCGAAAAAGAAGAAAAAGAGGCAGAAUUUGGUUCCGAAGGUGAGGAGAAGGCUUCUGAUAAUGAAGAAAGCAGUUCUGACGAUUCGGAUGAUUCAGAAACGGAUAGUUCAUCCAGUUCGAGUGAUGAAGACGAUGAAGAGGAUGAAAAUGACGAUAAUGAAAAUGAAGAUAAUGGAACGGCACCUGAAUCGAGAACAACAAGCAGACUUGGAGAAUUGAGUUGCACAAGUGAUAGUGAGGAUGGUGAUUCCGAUAAUUCAGAAGACUGUGAAAAUGAAACAAGUGUAAAGUUAGAGGAAAAAGAAACAAUAAAAGAACAAAAAGAUAUUAGAAGAGUCAAAAAAGAAUUGACGUUAUCGGAGUCGGACACAAAGGACUCGGCUGUUUUUGAAAAUUUAGAAAUGAAACCAGAGAAAACAUUGGAUAGUAUGGAAUAUUCUGAUGACGAGGGACCACCAGUUUUGAGUCCCAUGAUGCCUUUGUUGCCUUCGCAAGAGGAGGAUAUGACUAGUCAGAUUAACGAAAUGAAUAAAUUAAGUCCUAUGGUGAAUUUGGAAAUGAAGAUGAACGAUUUGAAAAAUCCGACAACUGAUAUGAAUUUGACCGAGGCAGAUCAAACGGAAUCCGAAAGCGAUGAUGAUGAAAAUAAAAUGUGCAUCUACGAAGAAGCUGCGCAACUUAAGGAGGAGAAUUCGGCCCCAAAUACAGACGAAGAAGAUGAUGAUGAUAAUGAAGGAGAAGAGGUGGAGGAAGAAGUAGAAGAGGAAGAAAUGGAUUUUAAGAAUGAAAUAAAUCAAGAAGUACUUGAAGAGAAAGGAACGCAGGAUUCUGUCGAAUCAGAGGAAGAAAGUAAUAACGAAAAUCUCGAUGACGAAGCAGGAGAAGAAGAGGAAGAAGCAGAAGAAGAAGCAGAAGAAGAAGAAGAAGAAGAACCUGAAGACGAUGUUGGAGAGGAAGAAGCAGAAGAGGAAGUUGGAGAGGAAGAAGCAGAAGAAGAGGCUGAAGAAGAAGCCGAAGAGGAAGAAGUAGAAGAAGAGAUGUACGAAGUUGAAAGCGAAAAGGAACAAAUAGUGAACGAAAAUUGUUCAGCAGACGCAAUGGAGCAAUCAGAAAUAAUUGAUGAGAAUUUUGACGAAGCCGAGGGAGUAAUACUGGAAGACGCAGAUGAACUCCAAAUGGAAAAUAACGUCGAAAUAGAAGGAGAAUUAGGCGAUAAUAAUUCUCUCAUCGAGGAAGAAAUUAUAGGAGAGGAAAAUUAUGAAGACGAGACUAAUAUAGAUGAGGAUAUUAACAAUGAAGAUCAUUCCAUGCAGAAUUUAAAUAAAACCAUUUUAACUGUUGGCAAGGAUGACGAUGGUAAUCCUAUUUUAAUUCGUGAAGUAGUAACUCAAUACGUUUAUCAAGAUGAUUUUGACGGCGAAUCUGAAUAUGUACAAGUUCCAGAUGAUCAAAAUACAUUUUUCAAUGACGAAGAAGAAAAUCAGAGAAUGAGCGAAGAAACAUUUGAUGUUAACGAUGAUAAUCUCGAUCAAAAUAUUAUUGAGACGAAUAUUUCAACUGGAGAAGAAGAAGUGGAGCAUGAGGAGAAUAUAGAGAAGGAAAAAAUAAUUGAAAAUAAAAUUGAAGGUGAAUGUGAAGAAGAGUCAAGAACGAGUGCCAAAAGUUAAGUGUCAAAAAUUGGAGUAUUUGACAAAAAGUGAUGUGACGUAGAUGAGCUUGAGAGGGACCACGAAGACGUCACUAAACAUUUCCUAUGUACCUUACACAUGUACUAUUGUAUAGUAAGUUAAUUUAAGUUAUUAAGAGUGUAAAUUUUCGCUCGGCAAAGGCCCUAACUGUCGCGCUUAAAAGUCGUAUGGGCAUUUUUAUGAAUAAGGGAAUGUUGACGAAAAUAUUUCUUAUGUUGUGCUAUGCCCAACUUUUCAUUCUUUUCUUACUGUGUUUAUCACUUUUCCAUUUCAAAAUCCAUUCCCUUUUUCCAAAUUCGUCUCUACUGGAAGUUUAACUAAAAGUUUAUAUUUAUUUCCUUCAAGUAAUUUGUCAAACUAGUAUUUAAUGACGAAACUUGUAAAAAUUGAGUAAAAGUGUUGUAAAAAGAAACAAUUUCCAGUUCCUGAAUCAUGUACGAUAUUAUUUUCCAAAGUUUCAAAAUAAAUGAGUAGUAUAUUUUACAAUGCACAGCAAUCUGUAUUCUGAUUUAUUUGUAAAUGUUUUGAGAGAAUGGACUUUUAUAGGAAGAUGUAAGAAUUAUUUUUGAAACGCAAUCUUUUUGUGUUAAAAGUAUUUUUUUCGGAAAAUUUCGAGUUCAACUGUGGCUUCCCCUUGGUGAAAAAAGAACUUUUCAGUCCUUGUUAAAAAAAAAUAUGAAUGAACGUUGUGUUAAAAAUUCGCUCUAUACUUCGUAUAUGUAAAUAAUGUAGCAUAGGGCCAGCAGUGAAAAGCGAUUAGCUUUAUACGUGAAAUAAAUGCAAAUUAUAUUUAGAAUUAUAAAUAAGGUGUGAAAGGAAAAAAAUGUGUGAGCGUUUAGAUUUGCCUAAAUUCUAAAGGCAGUUCCACUGAUGUUAUCUAAUUAUGUUCUAUUACAUAUAAUUAAGCUUUAAUUUAAUGAAAAAAAAUUUUAUUGUGAUAAGCCACUUGCUAAACUGAUGUAUAAAGAAUAUAUUAUAAAGACAAGAAAAAAGAAAAUGAAACUUCCAAAUCUUUCACAAAUAAAACGCAAACGGCGUCAUAUUUUAAUCACGCGAUGAAAAAAAUUAUUUAAAUUAUCAUUUGAAAAAGAUAUAUAGUUUGACACAGCCAAGGCUAAUAAUUGUUAUAUCAGAAACGAAUUUUUGAAUAAAUGCCUGAGGUCAUUUGCACUUA